AUGGCUAAAAAUUCAGGAUCCGACGGUGCCAACCGAUGGACUACCGAGAAGUCACUCAAGUUUGUGCUCCUGCUCAUGCAGGCCAAGAACCACGACUUGUCCAUUCGAGGAUGGGAAGAGAUUGAGAAGGCGCUGAGGAUUGUAUUCCCCGAGAUGACCUCUCACCGCUCCGCCCAGCAAAAGUGGACCAAGAUCAAGAAGACCUACUGGGAUGAUGUGGGCGAGGCCGUCAAGCAACAUCUCGAAGCCACGGCCCAGGCUGCACCGGCUGCCACAGCGACAUCCAGCUCGCGCGCGAAGAAAAAUGACAAGCCAAGCGCAGCCAGUCAUAAAACGGCGAUUUCCAAGCACUCCACUAACGAGCCCGCGGAUGUCGUGACCGAUGACGAAGAAGAUGAAAGCGACCAGGAUAGCCAGGAAAAUGAACCAGACGAAGAGGACUCUGAAGACGAGGCCGAUUCUGACGAUGGCGAGAAUACACCCACGGACGAUGAAGAGAGCAAUGAGAAACCCAGCAAGAAGAACAAGAGUAUCGAUCGCACGAGCGAGGGGUCUGGAGAUACUGCCAACGCAAGCACCAGCUGCAACGGAAAAGGCAAAGGUAAGGCGAUUGACGAAACCAGCUCGGACACCAAAGACGCCAGAAAAGCCAAGAAACGCGGCGCACCCGAGGGGGCAGCAGCCACGGACCGCAAACCUAAGAAGUCCGGAUCUGCACGCGAUCCUGGUGUUGGUGCGAGCAGUAGCAGCAGCAAAACAGCCGAGCAGGCACCGGUGGCCAAGCAGUCCGCAGGCGACCCGGCAACAAGCCUCGAUGCGUUCUUGGCAUUGGCAUAA